UCUUAUCUUUUCCUCUCUAAACCUUUUUCGAGUCUUUCUUUUUCAUUUUUUCCUCCUCUUUCCUCUGAUCUUUCUUUCUCUCUUUCUUUUUCAUUUUAUUUUUUUCCUCUGAUUUUAUUUGUUCUUUUCUAAGCUCGGGUAAAACAGUCCGAACGCGAGAGAGGCAGGGAGCGUGCGCUCGCGGUUCAGCAUGCGCUCUUGGAGAGGUGUGUCGUUACACCCCCCCUUUCCCACACACACACACACACACACACACACCGCCGGGGAUUUCCAGCGCCAGAGAUGUUCAACUCGUCUCCGUCGGCUUCUACGCUCUUCUUCUCCGCGGAUCGUGAUCAUGACGUCGCCGGCGGCUCCUCGCGCACGUUCCGUGGCGGCGGCGUCGGUGUCGGUGUGGGCGACGGUGACGGGAACAACGGCUCGUGCACCGAGCAGCCGCUCGAGUUCGCGCCCGCGGAGAAGGUGGCCGUGGGUCUCGCGCUAGCCGCGGUCACGGCGGUGACGGUGAUCGGGAAUGCGCUCGUGGUGGUGGCCGUGUGCGUGGUGAAGAAGCUCCGGCAACCCUCCAACUACUUGCUCGUGUCGCUCGCGGCCGCCGACCUGUCCGUGGCGCUCGGGGUCAUGCCCUUCGCCAUAGCAACCGACCUCACCGGCGGGAAAUGGCUGUUCGGCGAAGCUUUCUGUAACGUCUUCAUCGGCAUGGAUGUCAUGUGCUGCACGGCGUCCAUCAUGACCUUAUGCGUCAUCAGCGUGGACAGGUAUCUGGGCAUCACACGACCUUUAACGUACCCCGCACGUCAGAACGGUCAACUGAUGGCGAAGAUGAUCUUCGGGGUGUGGCUGGUGUCGGCGUCCAUCACGCUUCCGCCCUUUUGCGGCUGGGCGAAAAACAUCAACGAAGAAGGAGUGUGUCUGAUCAGCCAGGACUUCAGCUACACCAUCUACUCCACCGCUGUGGCCUUCUACAUCCCCAUGCUCGUCAUGCUCUUCAUGUAUUACAAGAUCUUCAAAGCGGCGAGAAAGAGCGGCGCCAAGCAUCGCUUCGAGUCGGUGAGGAUGCAAGGGCUGAAAACGCAGCAGCACCCGGUGGCCGAGGAGUGCGUGGCGUUGUCUCGGCUCCUCAGCCCCGAGCGCCAGAACAUGUCCAUCUUCAAGCGUGAACAGAAAGCUGCCACCACGCUGGGUGUCAUCCUCGGAGUCUUCACCAUCUGCUGGCUGCCUUUUUUCAUCCUGACCACGGCCAGGCCGUUUAUAUGCGGCAUCGAGUGCAGCUGUGUCCCCAUUUGGAUCGAGAGGACGCUGCUGUGGUUCGGCUACGCCAACUCGCUCGUCAAUCCGUUUAUUUACGCCUUCUUUAACCGCGACCUGCGCUCCACCUACUGGGAUUUGCUACGCUGCCGUUACCGCAACAUCAACCGCAGACUUUCUGCCGUCGGCGUACACGAGGCCCUGAAGUUUUAAAACCAGUCCAGGCUUAUUUCAGACCCUGUAAGGUCUAAUGUUGGAUUUGGAUCCUAUGUGGAGAGGUUGUUUUUUGUUUUGUUUUUUUUUCACGAGAAAACUCAAGGAAGGAUGAAACCACAUGCCACCUUUCAAGAGGCUUUUUCGGGGAAAAAAGAUUUGCAGUAGAAAGGUGAACUCUGAAAAGGACACAGUAGGAGGUUGGGAUGCUUCGGGAUGCACGGGCAUGGACGCUAUUUUUGGACUCUGCGAUGGAGAACAAAAGGGAGUGCUGAAGCAGGUUGACAGGUGAUUUUAAAUAUCCUUAAAAAAGUGAAAAGGACGCAUUAUAUUUGUGGAUCUAACGAAUGAGGAUGAAAGGAGAUUGCGGAAUGGACAAGAGCGAGGAAAUUUUUUUUUUUUUUUUUUUUAAAUUUUUUUUAGAAAGAUCAAAAUUUCUGGACUGCGUGAAGGACACUCUAAAGGUUUUUCCAUGAAAUUUAAAGUGGAAACUAUUUUCUGGGCCGUUUUCUUGGCUGGAAUUCUCAAGGCAGAUGUUUCUGUCCGUGUCAGAUGUGGACUGCAAGCGCUAGUGGAUAAUCGCUGCUGUAGGGCUUGUGGUCAGCGCUGACUAAUGUUGGGAACGUGUGUGUGUGUGUGUUUACGCGUGUUCCAAAGUGAAGGUGACAAGAGAGACAGGGCACAAAUGCUGCGUCCAAUGACUCACCCUGUGUAUUUUAAGAAACAUGCGUUUAGCAAGGGUCGGCUAUGUCCUCCAAGGAUUAUCAGACUUGAGAAAGCUUCGUGUGAAUGCCGUGCUCGGAUCUGACCUGUUUUUUUGGCCAGAUUUAACUGGGUUACGUAUAAUAAUAACAAUAAUAAUAAUAAGGAAAAAAUCCACACACACAGAGGCUUAAUGAUGGUAAUUUGAGUCGCAUUCAAUUGCAAAUGAACCUCUAGCAUCUGGCCAGGACACAGAAAUGUUCCAUAUGUACAAUAACAUUUUAUUGUUGUAUAAUUGUCAAAUAUUUGUGCAGGAAAAACCUUCCCCUUUAUGUAUAUUGUCAGUUGUAAAUCAGUUCCCGGAAAGUUCUAUGCUAUUCUUUCCUGUAUAAUACGGAGAAGACAAAGUCUAUUUAAAUGUUUUGUUAUCAUGUGGUUUAUGCAGAUGUUUCGUCUCGUAUUCUGGAGAAAGAAACAGCUUUUUUGUUCUAUGAAGAAGUGAUUGUUGAGGAUGAACGUGGAUAUUAUUUGUUUCAGUUUUUCUGUUUACUUGAAAGCCAUUCGAGCGGAAGUGAAGGAUCCGAUCGAGGCGUGUGGAGUCCCUCAUUUAUAAAGGAAUAAAACACUCCGUGUCAUGCCGUUAAUUGGACCCCGGGCUUGUUUGAUUAAGCCGAGGAAGCUGAUUAUUUUCCCGUAACAGCGCGACACCGCGUGUUUUAUUCCUCUUGUACCACUGAAAGAAACAAAACAAAAAAAGUCAUUCUUUAAUAAAUGAAAUACAAAAUAGUUCCUGUUAUCGCUUAGCAGCUUGAAACCUACAUACUGUAUAUUCUUCUUCCCUCACUUUCUGGUGAAGGAAAUAAAACAUACAGCUUGUUAUUGAGAAACUUGUAAAGCACAACAACAUCCUCCAGCUUUAGAUUUCCCUGUGAUGGAAAACAUUAAAGUUACAGCUUUACCUCUGCCUGUUACAAAGCACUGACACUGGAGACUCCUUCUUUAAAUGUUAAAUAAACGUCUUUAUAUUUAAAAAGAAAUCAGCAUAUGGAUGUUUUGGAUUAUGUGGUGUAUUAAUGAUACAGGUCCCUGUGUAUGAGCUGUUACUAUGGAAACGAUAACCCUGUGAUUGUGGAAAUGUUUCAAAGGGAUGGCAAGAAUUCUGGAGCUGUAACGAUCUGUUUAACGUCUGUAAAGGACACGACUUAAUUUAGGAUCACGUGGAAUUUGUUUACAUAAUUUUGCAUAUUGUUUACUUAGGAAAUGCCACAAUUUUUUAUCAUGUACGCAUUGUAUCUUUUCCGUCAUGCAUGAUGUGUAUGCCUUAUGAGAUGCGCACUAAAAACCUGGUGUGACUUUGACAAGCAACAAAAAAGGGUAAAGAAAGAAAUCAAGAAAAAGAAACAAAAAUUCUGAACCUGAAAAACCACCUAAAAAAAAUCUCCCAAAACAACCCCAAAAUUGCCCUAAACAAAAGGCGAAAAUUCCCAAAAAUUCCUGAAUGACAACACGGAAAAAAAAACCAGAACAAAAAUCUCCCCCAAAAAAAACCAACCUGAAAAUUCCCCCAAAAAACACAACCCAAAAAAUUUCCCCCGCACAAAAAGACAACCUGAAAAUUCCCCAAAAAACCAACCUGAAAAUUUCUGAAUAACAACCCAAAAAUUCCAGACAAUUUUUGAAAAAAAAAAAAAAAAUCCCUGAAUUUCCUGAAAAUUCCCCCAAAUAAUCUGAAAAUUCCCGAAAAUUCCUGAAUAACAGCCCGAAAAUUCCAGAAAAAUCCCGAAAAACAAUAUGGAAAAUCCUGGAAAAUGAACUUCUAUUACAGCUAAAAAUCACUGUGUUUAAAUUAAAGACAACUUUUUUGUGGUCCUUAAAUAUCCAGAUAAAUGUUUUGUGUAGUGUGAAGUAACAAGUCACUCAUGGUAUCUUGUGCAUGUGUCAUCUCGGCAUUUUGCCCAAAAUAAUCUGCAAGUUAGCUGAUUUAAUCCAAUAUUAACCAGUCCUUCCUAAAAGAAAUCUUUUCAUCAUCAAUCUGUGUCUUGAAGUUAAUAAGUCAGUCCCUCCAGGAUUCUGUGAUCACAGAAGUUUACAGAAAAUCAAGAAAACUCCACAAUAUUCACAGAAUCUCGCAAUUCGACGGCAGAUUUAUUUUGCAGAUUUGGGCCGAUAUUUGUAUUGUGUAUUAUGUAACGUCAUCACAACACGCAUUCAUCCAAAUCCCUCUUCCUUUAACGACUCGGAACAAGUCAUUACAUAUGUGGCUUUACUGCUAGGAGUUUAAAAGAGGAAUCUAAUUAGUUUUCUGUAAAAUAAAUGAAAUGAAAUGAAAUGAAAUUGGCACAAUUUUUGCUUUUUAAAAACACCCCCAGAAAAAUCAAUAAUUUGAUGGACACAAUA